UUCCUAGCGAUCCAAACAACGGUUUAAAACUGAACCACGACUCUGUUUAGAAACUGGGUGGCACUACUCUGUUAUUACUCGAGAACAGAACACUAAUAUAUUUGGUACUUGUUUUCCGGAUAGACACCAUGAUCAGAAAUGUGUGUUGUCUUAAAAAAUCAUGCUUCAGAGCAUUGGCAUCAGCUAGAUUUUAUAGCUCCAAUAAGACAGCUAUAGGACCAUCCGAUCCAACAAAGAAGAUAUGCAAACUUAUGAUGUCUUGUCCAAAAUUAGGGCUUGCUGCUGCGCUUGACCAAAGCGGGGUAAGGAUAUCCCAAGAUGUAGUUGAAAAGGUUCUCACUAAAUUUGAAAAUGCUGGUAUGCUAGCGCAUCAAUUCUUUGAAUGGGCUGGGAGGCAACGUGACUAUGAACACAGUGUCAGAGCUUACCAUACCAUCAUAGAGUCUAUGGCCAAGAUAAGACAGUAUCAGAUAAUGUGGGAUCUCGUGAAUAGUAUGGGUAGCAAGGGAAUGCUAAAUAUUGAGACAUUUUGUAUAAUCAUGAGAAGGUAUGCCAGGUGCCAGAAGGUGGAGGAGGCAGUUUACACUUUCAAUGUUAUGGAAAAAUAUAAAAUUCAUCCAAAUUUAGCCGCUUUUAAUGGUCUGCUAAGUGCCUUAUGCAAGUCUAAAAAUGCAAGGAAAGCUCAAGAGAUCUUUGAUAACAUGAAAGAACGAUUCAGUCCUGAUUCUAAAACCUACAGCAUUUUACUCGAUGGGUGGGGAAGGGACCCUAAUCUUCCCAAGGCUAGGGAAAUAUAUCGAGAAAUGGUCAAAGAGGGUUGUGAACCUGAUAUUGUGACAUACGGAAUCAUGGUUGACAUCCUUUGCAAGGGAGGAAGAGUAGAUGAAGCCAUCAAAAUUGUCAAGGAAAUGGACUCCAACGGAUGUAGGCCAACAUCGUUCAUCUAUAGUGUGUUAAUUCAUACUUAUGGGGUAGAAAAUCGGAUUGAAGAUGCUAUUGAUGCAUUCUUUCAAAUGGAAAAGAAUGGCAUCAGUCCUGAUGUGGCUGUAUACAAUGCAUUUAUUGGUGCUUUUUGCAAGGUAAACAAGCUUCAGAAUGUGUACAGGAUUUUGGACGAAAUGGAAUAUAAGGGAGUGAUCCCAAAUUCAAGGACUUUCAAUAUUAUAUUAAGCAGCUUGAUUGACCGUGAAGAGACUGAUGAAGCUUAUAAGGUCUUCCGUAGAAUGAUCAAGAUUUGUGAUCCAGAUUCAGACACAAAUACAUUGAUGAUAAAAAUGUUCUGUGACAAAAAUGAGCUUGAAAUGGCUCAAAAUGUGUGGAGGUAUAUGAAAAAGAAAGGAUUUCUUCCAAGCAUGCACACGUUCUGUGCACUUAUUGACGGAUAUUGUGAUAAGGCUAAUGCUGAGCGGGCUUGUGUCUUAAUGGAAGAGAUGAUAGAGAAAGGAAUUCGACCGUCAAGGAUGACAUUCAAGAAAUUAAGGCAACUGCUUAUAAAGGAACAGAGAGAAGAUGUUCUUAAAUUUCUUCAACAGAAAUUGGAUCUCCUGGUCAAAGAACCUCUAUGUGAUUGAAAUCCUAGAUUGUCGUGUCAUAAUGGAGAGUACCUGCAAAAACAGGUGAUAUAGUUAAAUGUAAAUCUUUAUGCAAUUUUCUUUUCUUAUUUAUUAA